UCCACAUUACGAGGUAUUUCCACCAGCUGUGGUCACACUCGUACUCAAAGUGUAAGUGUUGGUGCUGAGGCAGAAAUUCUUAAUUUCUCCUUAAAAAUAUAAUAUUUGUGCAGAAUGGCCGCCCGCCGUAUCGCCCAAUCCUCGAUCAACUGGUCCGCUCUUGCUGAGCGCGUGCCCGCCAACCAGAAGAGCAGCUUCGGCGCCUUCAAGACCAAGUCGGACAUCUAUGUGCGCGCCGUGCUGGCCAACCCCGAGUGCCCACCCCAGAUCGAUUGGGCCAACUACAAGAAGCUGGUGCCCGUGGCCGGACUCGUCGACAGCUUCCAGAAGCAGUACGAGGCCCUGAAGGUGCCUUAUCCCCAGGACAAGGUUUCUUCCCAGGUGGAUGCCGAGAUCAAGGCCUCGCAAAGCGAAAUCGACGCCUACAAGAAGGCCUCCGAGCAGCGCAUCCAAAACUACCAGAAGGAAAUCGCCCAUCUGAAGUCGCUGCUGCCCUACGACCAGAUGACCAUGGAGGACUACCGCGACGCAUUCCCCGAGAGCGCACUUGACCCCCUCAACAAGCCCACCUUCUGGCCCCACACCCCCGAAGAACAGGUUGGCUACAAGUCCAAGGAGCAGUUGGAGGCCGAGGCCCAGGGACACCACUAAACCGGAGAGCAAGAGGAGCACUCUGACUCUGGCUUCGUUGAUCGUCUGUUCGAUUCGAAAUGUAAUCCACGUUGAAGUAAAUUACCCAAAUUAAAUUCAUUUCAAAUGAGAA